GAAAACAAAUAUCAAAAUAGGUAAAAACAACUUUUUGUGCCAACGGUGAUGACGAAAUUUGAUGGAUUUGAAUCGGAUUUGUUGAUUAGUUGUCGGUCGAGCGGAGGAGUGGCUGAAAACUGAUCUUUCCAGAAACUCUGCUCGGUUGCAAUUUUGGAUUGGCAACGGCAGAAUGAGGCCCAAGUAAGGGAAAUGACAAAACGCAUUGCAUGCUGCCAUGUUGGCCCAUCUGAGGCCCAAGUCAGGGAAUCCCUUAUCUGUUACGAUCUCCAAUGGAAGCAAACAUGAAUUUAAAAGAUUUCUGAAACGCUGUACUUCAUUAAUGACGGGACGAAAAGACGAAAUUAGCCUUCCGUGAAUGUCUCUAGAGCCAGUAAUUUUGAAAUGCUGCAGUUUGGAGUCAUGAAACUUUUCGAUCAGACUUCAAUAUUACAAUAUUCUCUCAUCGAGUGUUUCUUUGUAGUAUACACAUAAACUUUUCGAUCUCAGAUUCCCAGAUUCACUAGGAGUAUCAGAGAUUGGCUCUUCACUAUAAAAAAGAAAGUGUUUGUCUUUCGACUGGGAGAUAAGAGCAUUAAAUAAAUUCGUAUUAUAUUCAUAUUCCAGCUGCUAUAAAAGACCAUUAAAUAAAUCAAUAUUUUCUCAUUAGGUGUUCCUCUCUUGAGUAUAUAAGAAAACUUUUCCAUCUCAGAUUCCCAGAUUCACUAGGAGUAUCAAAUGGUUGGCUCUUCACUAUAAAAAAGAAAGCGAUUGUCCUUCGACUUGAAGACAUGAGCAUUAAAUAAACUAGUAUUCUAUUCAUUUUUUGACGGUUAUAAAACCAUUAAAUAAACCAUUUUUUUUCUCAUUAAGUGUUCAUGUGUUACCAGUAUAUAAGGAAACUUUUCCAUCUCAGAUUUCCAUAUUCAUUAGGAGUAUCAGAAAAUAUAGUAUACAAGGAAACUUUUCGAUCUCGAAUUCUCCUAUUUACUAGGAGUAUCAUAUGAUUGGCUUUCACUAUAAAAAAGAAAGCAUUUGUCCUUCGACUUGGAGACUAGAGCAUUAAAUAAACCAGUAUUCUAUUCAUUUUCCCGUGACUACAAAAGACAAUUAAAUAAACCAAUAUUUUCUCAUUAAGUGUUCCUAUCUCUACAGUAUAUAAGGAAACUUUUCCAUCUCAGAUUCCUAUAUUCACUAGGACUGAUUUCUUACGUAACUGUUAAAUUGAAAGUAUUACAUAAGGCUUUCGUAAUGACAUUUAGCACUUUACGUAACGCGAAGUUAAUACUCAUUGUGUAAAAAGAUAUUCUAUUACGUAAAUAUUACUAAUCAUAGUUAAUUCUUAUGUAACAAUUAAAUCCACAAUGUUAUAUUACAUAAAACUUCCCUAAUGACUUUACACUUCGUGUAAUUCUAUGUUAAUAUUCUAUAUGCAAAAUAACCCUACAUUACGGAAAGCUUUCUAAUAACCUUGACAACUGUUAUAUAAUUUUACAAUAUGUUAAAAAUUAUAAAAAAAAUAUCUAUUAUAUUUUAAGUUAUUUUACGUAACGCAACAUAUGGACAUGUAAAAAUCCUUUCUGUCUCCACCGGAGACGAGGAAACUUUUCCUUACAGGCUUAAACCCCAGGAAUUUGCUUUUUGCCUGUUUCAUUUUCCGGCGGCUAUAUAAAACAUGACGGCAAGCAAGGCAGGGCAUUCAUUUUCCGGCUACUCUGAGAAUCCAUUCGGUAGUUGGCAUUGCAAUUUUCUCAAGCAAGCAUGGGAGGGAAACCCAGGAAGCUUCCAAUGGAGAAGCGUGAGAAUUCGGUGCAGAGAUCAACUACAUGCUCGAAAAGGCGGAAAGGACUGCUCAAAAAGGUCGCCGAGCUCAGCUUGCUCUGCGAUGCUAAGGUAGCCGUUUUCGCCUCUUAUCCUAGCAAAACGGAGAAAUUUAAAUCCGUGGGCUACCCUUCCGUCGAUUCCGUCCUCGAUCUCGCAAUCCAUGGUGGCGGCGAGCGAUGCAGUAAUGCUUGGGAAGGAGAGAAGGAGAAGAGGGUUAAAGGGUUGUCAUUGUUGAUGGAUAUUCAGGCUGAUGAAACCCCUGUGAUGAAAUCGGAGAAAGGGGAUGAUACAGCAUUAUGUUGGGACGAAUUCAGUAGAGAGCUAGACGAGAUGGCGAACAGGGGUGACGAUUUGAAGACAAUGCUGGAUGUAUUGCGGAAGGCCAAGGAGAAAGCGGAAUCCAAGUUGAGGGAUUUAGUCGAGCCGAAACUGGAGCGGACUACUGGCAUAGGGGAGUCUAGUUCAUGGAAUCAGAAACAGAGACCCGCUGAAAUCAACAAUUCGACGAAUUUGGAGAGUAAUGAUUUGUGGGUUUGGUCUCACCAACAUGAAACUGAACCUGCAGAAUUGUAUUCCGGUUUUGCUACUGGGAAUGGGAUGUCUGACAAUGCACCGUUCGUCAACAACGCUGGGGAAUUUACAUACCAGAAUCCAGAGCUUCAUCAAGUUGAAAUGUUGAGGAGCAACCAAGAUGAGAUGAAUCUUCAAGCUCAAGGGUUUGGUCUUUCCAAUGCUGGGGAAUUUACGUAUCAGAAUCAAGAGGUUCAUCAAGUUACAAUGUCGAUGAGCAACCAAGAUGAGAUGAAUCGUCAAGCGUACCAGAGUCGAGAGCUUAAUCAAGUCGCAAUGUCGAGGAGCAACCGAGAUGGAAUGGAUCUUCAAGCUCGAGCAUUCGGUCUUCCCAAUUCAGCAACGGUACAAGGGUAUGACGAUUUUAAUGUCGAUGAUCUGUUCUCUCAUGACCUGACUUUAGAUCCUACUGCAUUGUGGGAACUCUUAGACUAGAUGUUUCAGUGUCAUUCAUGUAACUAAUUAAUCGAAAGUUCAAGAGUGUUAUGACCAAUAUAACAUUGAUAUAUUCUGUGUUUAAUAUGAUGCAUGUUUACAGUGUAGUAUAGAGUUCAACAAAUUAACAAAUGAAAAGCAACCAUAAACCCAGAACAAACUACCAAAUUAUCUUCCCCUACAACUGGAAACUUCUAAAAGACGACUUUUCUUUUGUAGUAGAUGCUUGAUUUUGUUCUUCUUUCCAGCAAUUAGUAGUAAAUGUAAGCUAAAAAC